AAACGGUUUCGAUUUUCACUCGAACAAAUUUCACAAAACAAGUUCUUUGACUCAUAGAAUGGCUUUGAAUAUUCAAAGCAAUUCGAAUGAUCAAGUGUUUUUCGCUUUGGAAAAUAGACGCAUUUCAUUUAAGCGUAAUCUCUAUUUAAGAAAAAGUUGAAAUAGUUAUUGUUUCCAUCGGUUGUGGCUUUUAUCAGACUUCCGACAUCCAAGUAUGUAAGGAAUUUAUAAAAAAAUACGUCGUCACACGGCUAGAAAUUUGCGACACACAAUUGUGAUGCCAACCAAAAAUAGACACUCUUCAUUACAAGUGUAAUAAAUAUUGGGAACGCGUGCGAACGUAUUUUCUAUUUUUUUCCGCAAACACCAAACUGAAGUGGGUUUGUUUCAAUUUUUUCUGAAAAAUUUCCGUGUUAAUUUCAUUAAAUUUCAACAGUGUUAUAAGAGUAUAUAUCUAUUUCCCUUUGUUUGAAAUCGCGUAAUUUUAAUCGACCAAUGCAACUGGUUGCUGUAUUUCAUUCGAUGGUCUUUUACGGAUGAAAUGAAUCGUGUGUUUACUUCAUGCUCAAGUAUUACGAAAUGUGCACACACCAAAACGGUAAUAAUCGAUUCGAGUUUGGAUUCAAAGAUUUAGUUUGAAACGCGAUAUCAACAGAAUUUAUUUCUUGAUCGAUUUUGUUUUGGCAACACUCCAAGAAAAAAAAACGAUGGAAUAAAAUUAAAAUAUAUAAAAGCAUAAAAUGAAGCGCCCAAAUCAGCGAUAAUUCAUCGAAUGUUACACAAUUUUGUCUAGUUUGUAUGUUUUUAUGGUUGGUGUUUACUACGCACUUAUUACGAUGCGUAUGCUAAGCAUAUAACAAGUGAGAGCGCGAUAGAUUUGUAAACAACGACCGCAACGGCUGCAACUUGUCGCUAGACAAGGCACACAUUACCAAAAUCAUAGAAAAAAAACUUAAAAUACGAAAACGAUAGCUUUGUGUGAAAUUUAUGAGUCAGCUCGGCGACAACUAAUAUCUUUAAAAAAAGCAUCGGAAUGUUAUUUCUACAAAAAAAGUAAUCGAGAAAUUAGUGUAAGCCCAACGUAAUGAUAUAAAACAACAUCACAGCGACAUAAAAAUGCAAAUAAAACGCCGUAUGAGCAAAUAGAAUGAAUAAAAAAAGGCAAGAAUAAAUGUACAUAAUGCAUGUGAAAUACACAAAAUUGUAAAAUCAGUCUGUGAAUGAGUGAAUGAAAGAAAGAAGAAGAAAAAAAAACACUCACGCGUUCGAUUGUAGUGAAUCGAAGACAGAAAGCAAAAGAAAUAAACAAUAAACAUUAGCAGCAACGCAUGUCUUCGAGUUAUGUUUUUUUCUCAUGUAUUUUUUAUUCUACUUUGCGAGUAAGAAAGACACUGUGAAGUUAUGAUGUCAAGAAUUUCUGGAAAUCAAACAAAUAAUAGCGAACAGCCGAAUGCAAGCGUAUCGGGCGUUUAUGCGACAGCCACUGAUUUAGCGUCGGCAGCAGCGUUGAAUAAGCAACGAAAGAAACGUAAAAAGAAAAAAGAUAAAAUAUCGUUGACGAAUGAGGCGGUGAAUUGUAGCUGUGGCAAACGCAUCGAAAGCAGUUGUAAUUCCGUCAGUACGUGUUCGAAUUGUGUGCCGACUGCAUGUGUUUACUGUCAUUUCAACGAUUUAGCCUAUUGCGAAAACUAUUUUGCCGAGCAUUCGUCACGUUUUCAAGGCAAUCUUUAUGAUUCGAACAUAAAAAAUAACACUGCAACAAAUUUUUGGCCACAUAAAACCGAAACUAAUGACAUUCAACGCGAUAUUGUAAAAGUUGCUCCCUCCGAUAAAAGUAAUCAUUUCAUGCGACAACAACGAAGUGCUAUUGGUUUAAAUCGACGAGCCGAACAACUACAACGUUUUGCUGUCUACGAAAAUUUGUGCGAAUUUUGUGGUUUUGCUAUCGGCAACGGCGCCUACCAUUUGCAUUGUGAUGCCAACAAACGACACAGUCAAAAGACCGAACAAGAAAAACAACAAUCCGAAAACAUUUAUGAAAACAUUUGUGAAUCGUGUCAUUCAUUAUUCGAUGGUGUACAAUGUAUGAGUGAAACUUGCAAACGCAACCAAAAUUCAGCUGUUCCAAUAACUGGUGAAAUUAUCGAUGUAUUAGUAAAAAAACCACCGAUUGCUAAUCGACAUCAAUUUGGCAAGCAAUUUAGUGAAUUUUUGGGAAGUUUUAAACAAAAACUAACACCAAAAACAAGUGAGACCGAGAGAAAAAAACCAAAAAUUGAAAUUAUCCAUAACAUUGACGACGUUUACAAAACAAACAAAACAUUUGAUUUGAAUGAGAUUGUUCAGUUGAAAAAUCAGUCGUUGUGCGACGAACAAAGCAAAAAAACGUGCAGUGAAUUAAUAAAUAGUAACAAUGAAAUAGUUACCGAUGUACCGUCGAAGCCAAUUCGUCUGUAUCGAACAUCGAACAGUGAUUCAAAUUUCUUCGAAAAUUAUCGUCUGUCGCCACCCCACUUCCAAUCUCCGUAUUCGGAGUCAAUAGUCAGUGAUACGAUAUUAUAUAGUAAUUCGUAUGCGCCACCAACAUAUGAAGACGCCAUCCAGCACAGUAAAUAUGCGAGUGUAAGCCCAUUCAAACUAAGGGCUCGGAUAAAACCAAGAGAAUACGAUUCAACAUCGGCGUCAUCUUUCUUCUCAUUCAAUUCAUCAUCCAUCACAACGCUACAAUCCCAUUCAUUGGCAACCGAACGAAAGUCUCCGACGAUUCUUUCAGUGUUAUUUGACAGCGACGACUCUGUCAGACAAUGGAUGUUAUCGCUUAAACAACAAACGCAUGAUUAUACCAAUGAAAGUAGACAAUUUGAGUGUGGCUCAAUUAAAUGUUUACCAUCUAAAAUGCUCACUGAAACCGCAACUAAAUUGAAAUGGUCAAUUGAACACGGCAAAAAUAUGAAUAGUUCAAAUGCAAACAUUGAUAAUCAAACAAAUUUACUGCAGCGUAUUGAAUUGUUUAAAGAGAAUUUAAUGGAGCACAACAUGCAUUCAAAACGGAACGCUAUUUACAUUAAAGAUUCAAUGUGUGAUGUAUCGAUGGAUGCAACUUUGUCAACACCACCACCGGAUACUAUUUUACCGGAUAUUGAAAUGACGAACGCUCAACAAUCAAGCCUUUUACCAUAUUAUGAACAUAAUAGCACCGAAAAUAGUGAUGAAAACGUGAGUGUGCGUCAAAAAAGUCAACUAGCGCUCAUAGCUGAUGAAACUCAUGAACAACAUAUCAAUCACAAUGUUGCGCUUGAUAUAACAUCACAAUAUUUACAAAUGCUAAAAGCAUUCUAUAUGGAACAAGUCACAUUGUCGACCAGUUUAAAUCGUAUAACGCUCGUGUGCGGCGACAGACGUAUUCAUUUCUUGCUAAAAUUUCUUAUGAGUCAAUCGCAAAGUUCAUUGCAGUGUUCAAAUAAAUUAGUGCAACCGACUAGAUAUACAAAUUUUCAAAAAGUCAUCGAGCAAAUCCAUAAAAUGGGUGUCAAAAAACAAUUAGGUGAAUAUGAUAAAGGUAAAGCGAUAUCACAGAGUGGUAAUCAUUUGGAAAGAGGUAGCAAAAAAUGUCGCUUAAAGAUACCGAAUGCCUUUUUAAUGAGGUCAUCGAACUUGGCAUUAAGAACACCGUUUAGGCUGCGUCACAAAAGAUCAAUCGACGAUUUCGCAAAACGAAAGCACGGAAUAUUUUAUGUGGAUACGGAAAAAGUGAAAACAUUUGAUGAUUUUAGUAAGCCCGGUACCAAAGAUUCUGCAAAAAAAUCGUUGAACGAUUUCACAUGUAAAAAAACCGAUUAUUCAUCCGUUGUAACGGACACUAGUUAUGACAAAGACAUGCCGAAUAGUGUAGGAAGUGAAAUGAAGAGAAAAGACGAUGUUCAAACAAAUGAAGAAAACAUUUAUCAAUCGAUUUGGAUGUUUAAAACGAUCGGUACAGCUAAUGAUACAACUUUUAACGGGGAUUCGCUGAAUAAUCUUGAUGCGUGUAAAAACGAAAGUGAUGAAACUACAAUACACGAUGGUAGCGACUGGGAAAUCGCACAAGAGGAGUUCCUUUUCUCCAGUCAACGCAUCGAUAAUAUUCGUCAUGCAAAUGACACGCAACCGAUUAGUCAUACAGCAGAUUCCGAAGCACAGCAGCCGAAAUUGUACGCAACAACUCCGAAUUAUUCGAAUGGAAAACCAUUUUAUCAAGCAAUCUGCGUAUUAUACAAUACGUCAAAUCCGAGAUGGAAUGAAAUCAUUUAUGAUUAUAAUGGCAAUUCAACGAAAUUCUGUGGAAGUAUGGUGAAAAAUAAAACUGAAAAUGAAUCUGCAAGUGAUCGUAAUGAAAUACGCGAAAAUGCGUCAAACGAUGUAAUAAAAAUUGAAAAUCAAUCGAACAAACCAAAUAUGUGUAACGAUCAAAGAGUUACAAUGAAUUUGGACAGUGUAAAUGCGUGGAAAAAAUUACUACGAACAGUAGACUAUAAUGAUGAUGAAGAAGAUGUGAUUCUGUCCGAGUCGUAUUUGCUUAAUCAGAAGUCCGCGGAGUAUAACAAUCAGAACAACGACAAUCUUCAAAGUGCUCAAUCUGAUGAUUCGAUAUCCGAUACAACGAAAAAUUCUAUUCAAAGUGACAAAACUGAAGAAACUGAUCUAUCCUCGGACUUAUCGAUAAACUCCAAUUCACCUCCAACAACAUCGAUCGAAAGCAAAAAUAAAAAGGAAUCUGGUUUCUUGAAUAAAUUGCAAUACAGACGCUUCGAUAUAGGAAAAUGUAAUUCGAAAAAAGAUGAUGUAGUUCAAGGUCUUUUUUAUAAGAAUUUAAAUGGAAAAACACAAUCAGAAUCAUCACCACCAAUGGAAAUCAAAAGGUUGAAUCAAACUGGAACUCUUGUGUUCGGUGUAACAUUGGAAGAAGUUGAAAAGGAUGAUAAAUUGUCGGAUAUUCCAAAAUUUGUCGUGGAAUGCAUUAAAGUGAUUGAAAUGGAGGAAAAUAUGAGAACGAAUGGCAUUUAUCGCGCGUCUGGUAAAAAAGACAGCAUUGAUAAACUGAGAAAAAGGAUGAAUGAAUCCAAACUUAGAAAGGGCACAAAGUAUGUAUCUUUGAAAGAUGAAGACGUUCAUACAAUAACUGGAGCAUUGAAACAAUUCUUUCGCGAACUCAAAACUGAACUAAUACCAGAAAACAUAGUGAAGAAUUUACCCGACGAUUUAGAAAGUGAAACAAGUAUAGUGGAAAUUCGAAACGGUAUCAGCACAAUCGAUUACUUAUCGCGGGAAACGCUGAAGUACCUGCUGCAACAUCUUAUACGCGUUGACGCAAAUAAAGAGUUCAAUUUAAUGAAUGCGUCGAACUUGUCAAUCGUUUGGGGUGCAGCGCUGUUCACAUCUUCCGUCAGUUUUACCAAUGCCUUUGAAACAAGCGAUUUACUCCGACGAAACACAUUAAUGUUUCUUCUCAUUCAACAUUACGACGAAAUUUUCAUUGACAUCGACAGACUUAUUUAAAAAAAAUCUUCACCAUUCCGCGAUAAACAAAAAAAAAAAUCGUUACGAAUCACACGCAUGAACCUAACGCUAAUAACCAAACACAAAAUAUAACCAAUUGCAUUAUAUUUAUUUAACAUUCAAACUACUUUUUGUGAUAUUUUACGAUGUCGAAAUGUUGAAAUUGUUAAUCAUAUUAGAAAUUCAUAAAAUCAUUUGACCCUAGCCUCAUAGUUCAUCAUUUAUAAUAUUAUGCAAUAACAUUGCAUUUGUAGAGACAAUAUUUUCUUAUUUGGACAUAAACAUAUUUUUGAUGGAAAAUG